CCUGUCCCUCCCUAACGCGCAAGGACAAUGACGCAUCUCCACGACGAUGUCAAUCCGAUCUGCCGGUUCUGUGCAGCCAUUUUCCCCAUUCGCAAGGACCAGAGCGGUGAUAUACCCUACCACGACACGAUUGCAGACCUCCAGGCCGCCCUCGAUGGAGCAGCAUGUGCGCUCUGCGACACCAUCCUUGGAGUGUGUCAAGCCAUCUCUGCAGAAUCCAGCACUGCGAUGACCGCAGAGACUGGUGUUCGCUUACAGCUCGAGGACGCGGAUGAAGACUCUGACAACGGCAUCGGAUGGGCCACGCUGCAAAUCGGCAUAGAAGACGAAGCUUCGUCAUGCGACACAAAGUGUAGCGGUCUUGUUAGCUACGUGAACAAAAAUUCCUCAUCCGCCCCUUCUCUGUGGCGGCGACGGGGUUCGCUAAGCCUUAUCCCUGAGAGGCACGAUCUUGUGAAGGCAUGGAUGCAGGAAUGUAUCGACACUCACGUGCACUGCCAGAUAGGUGCCACAGCAGAGCCAGCAGUUUUGCCGAAGCGGCUGGUCCGCAUCAGCGGAUAUACGGACUAUCCGGCGGCACGCCUGGUCCUCUCCCAGGAAGAAGCCCUGAAUGGGGCGGGCCUGAGAUAUGCAGCACUAAGCCACUGUUGGGGAUCCCGACAACCUCUGAUGACCACCAAGAGCACACUGCAACAGUUCAGCCGCGGGUUGCCUGGCGGCCACGACAACGGAGAAAAUACCCCAAAAGAGUCGGACGCUUGCCACUUGCCAAAGACCUUCCACGAGGCAAUCGACCUGUGUCGUUUCUUGGGCAUAUCAUAUAUCUGGAUCGACAGCUUGUGUAUUGUUCAAGACGACGAAGAUGAAUGGCGCAGCGAGGCAGCCCACAUGAAGGACAUCUACGCAAACGCCUCCCUGACCAUAGCCGCCUCGAGUGCCCAGGACAGCUCCUGGGGCUGUUUCAUCUCGCACGAGUCAAUCGAAGACUCCCCAGAGCGCUGCUACAACUCAGAUCAAGUAUCACGAUAUUCCUUUCUCGUUGAUACCAGUGUACGUGAGGCCGUGGACAGCGACACACAGCCUUAUUCGACGGAACCAGACCGACAUCUAGUCAAUGUUCGUCUUUACCACGGAAUGCUCCAAUCUCGCACUGUCAAGUCAGUAUUGAGCACAAGAGGAUGGACUCUCCAAGAGCACGUCUUGUCACGCAGGGUGCUCCACUGCCUGUACCCAGAAUUACAUUGGCAGUGUAACAGUGUCUAUCGCACCGAGGCUGGGGCUAUUUUGAGGCAGCUGUCUCCCUGGUCGGUCACUUGGAGCAGACUUCUCCUCUGCGGACCAUUGGGGGGACCUAUACCAAGCCUUUCCCAUCCUGACGUGCACGCUCUGUGCCAGUCAUGGCUGUCAGAUUACUCGCGCAGGAACUCCACUGUUUCACAAGACUGGCUUGCGGCAUUGACAGGGAUAGUGCAGAAAGUCACGAGCUUGACCGGUUAUACACACGUCCUCGGGUGCUGGGAGGAAACAAUAUGCCAAGAUCUGUGCUGGGUAGGCCAGCACACUUGCCAAGCUAGUAGCGAGCCGUGCGCCUCAGUGUCUGGAAUACCCUCGUGGUCAUGGAUAUCACGCCUCAAGAAUGUGGAAGUUGACGGUCGCAGCUCAUUACCAGGGGAAGACAGACGACUCACCCUAGAAGAUCGCGCCAAUCUUUUGGGAAGACAGAUAAUCUGGGAAAGCCUUCCUUUAGUAUCGCCACUGCUCCGUGCUGAGCUCCUUCUCCAAGGCCUCGUGGCCGAUUUACAGCUCAACACCACUCACGAGGACCUACCACCCAUCCUUUCCAUUGAGGGUCGUCAGGUCUAUGGGAGCGUGGCUCGUCAUCUGGAUUGUGCCUCAGUAGGGCUGGAUCUCGGGAGCCAUAGAGAGAUCUCCAAUCCUCGGGGCACCUACACCUGCUUUCUCUUGCGCAGUGGUUGUAUCCGUCCGCACUAUCCGUUGACGGUCCAGACAUUUCUCCUUCUCGAACCGGUCGUUGUCCCCGGCGAUCAGACUUUCCCGCUCGACUAUCUCGACAGUGACCAGUGCUUCGAUCCAACGCCGGUGCUGUAUCGCAGAAUUGGCAUCCAAACCAUUCACAGAUACCGGGCUCAGCGUGUUCCCGACCCUUUUUCUGGUGCAGAGGCUCGAGUAAUAAGGUUGAUCUAGACACAAUGACCUCAUUUUCGCUGGAUCAUCGCUAGCGUGACUUGGCAGCAAAGCCAAGGCUGUGCACUAUCUCGCUCGGUCAAGUGGAUCAAGUUGACCACCACAGCCAUGCAUUCGAGAUAAUCUGAGGUGCCACACAAAGUGGCAAGUAUACUAUAAGACUAUCGACCUUAUAAAUCCAUAAACAUCGCCCUCGUGAUCCCCAUUAAUCCCGCACAUCCCCUUAAGACAGGCGACGCUGCUAACCACAACUCCAGCGGAGCACCUAAUUCAACAGUCCUCCCCUCAUCCAUGACACAAAAGUGACGAGC